UGUCUCUCUCUCUCUCUGCGUCCUUCUGAGGCUGGAAGCGAUGACCAUGGCAGCAUUUCUCGCGAGACGGCUGAUCGGUAACCGAUCGAGCCAGAUUCUCGGGACUUCGAGUUCUAGCUCCGGUGCGCUCAUUUCCGCUGUUAGGGCUCUCUCCUCCUCCACCACUCCGAUCAAAGCAACUCUCUUCCCUGGCGAUGGGAUCGGUCCCGAGAUCGCCGAAUCUGUCAAACAGGUGUUUACUGCCGCUGAUGUGGCCAUUGAAUGGGACGAGCACUUUGUUGGUACUGAAAUAGAUCCUAGAACCAAUAGUUUCUUGACAUGGGAAAGUCUUCAAUCUGUGCUCGAUAGAAAGGUUGGCUUGAAAGGACCAAUGGCAACGCCGAUUGGAAAGGGUCAUCGCUCUCUGAACCUUACUCUUAGAAAAGAGCUGAAUUUGUAUGCCAAUGUGAGGCCUUGCUACAGCCUUCCUGGGUACAAAACUCGUUAUGAUGACGUUGAUCUCAUUACCAUCCGUGAAAACACUGAAGGAGAGUACAGUGGGCUUGAACACCAGGUCGUUAAGGGUGUGGUGGAAAGUCUUAAAAUUAUUACCCGGAAGGCGAGUAUGAGAGUUGCGGAGUAUGCCUUUCUCUAUGCCAAGACUCACGGAAGGAAGAAAGUUUCUGCAAUUCACAAAGCCAACAUUAUGCAGAAAACUGAUGGUCUUUUCCUGCAGUGCUGUGAUGAGGUUGCUGAGAAGUAUCCUGAGAUAGAAUACGAGCAGGUUGUUAUUGACAAUUGCUGUAUGAUGCUUGUGAAAAAUCCUGCACUUUUUGAUGUCUUGGUGAUGCCAAAUCUCUAUGGAGAUAUUAUCAGCGAUUUGUGUGCCGGACUAGUUGGGGGACUAGGAUUGACUCCAAGUUGUAAUAUCGGGGAGGAUGGUAUUGCCCUUGCUGAAGCCGUUCACGGCUCUGCACCUGAUAUUGCUGGAAAGAACCUGGCGAACCCGACAGCUUUGCUUCUGAGUGGAGUGAUGAUGUUGCGGCACCUGAAGCUCAACAAACAAGCAGAGCAAAUCCACAGUGCCAUCAUCAACACAAUAGCUGAGGGAAAGUAUAGAACCGCUGAUCUCGGAGGUACCUCAACCACAACAGACUUUACAAAAGCAAUCUGCGAUCAUCUCUAAACACCUCUAAAAUCGCAGUUCUUUAGUCAUUCGCCAUUGGAUCUUUCCUUCUUGUUUCUCACACGUUUUUUUCUCUCUGUCUUUCUGAUCAUCUUUUUAUGAGAAGAAACAAAGCCGACAUUGGCUUUUCUCAUGAUUUUUGUUUUUCUUUACAUUUUGAGUUCUUGCACAGAAAUUUACCUCUGCCUUAAGGUUCAUAACACAUGAAGGAUAUAGAUGUUUUGAAGAAUUCAUCGAAAGGUUGUUUUGUUAAACACAUUUUACAUAUUGUAUCUUGCCUGAA